AUGGCCGCAGAGGCAAGCGGAAGCGGCAGCCUACAGACCGCCAUCUCCCCAAGUCUCGGCAUGGCCACCCCGGGCCUCGGCACGCCCCAGGCGUCCACCCCCGCCAACGCAACCACCGCCGUCCCAGCCGCAACAGGACCCACCCCGGCCGCCCAGGCCUCAGCCUCUGGUGGUGCUGGCGCCGGCGCAUCGACCUCGAGAGGGCCCGCACCGCCCACGGCUGCCGCCGCUGCUGCUGCCGCGGCGGGAUCGACCGUCCUGACCACACUGCACGCGCUGCUGCGCGCGCACGUCGCGGCGCACCCCAGCCCGACGAUGCCGUACUUGCAUCCGUACGCGCCUGGGCCGGGUCUCAAGAAGGGGCGCGCGAGCGGCUUCGCGAGUGCGAGUACCAGUACGAGUACGGGAAGUGGAAGUACGGACAAGGCUGGUAGCGGAGGAGGAGGUGGUGGUGGUGAAGACGACUUGGCGGCCCUCAAGAGCGUGCGUGAGGCGGUGGACGGGGCGAAGAGCAUGCUUGGGCGGGGUGAGAAGGAGCGCGUGAGGCUCGCGAGGGCUAUGCGUGAAGUCAUCACACACGAGUCGGCCCUCCUCCCGCUUGGCACAACUCUGUCGACGCUACCCCCUGCGGCACGCCCGCUCGGCCACCUGUGUGCCCUGCCCCCCUCGGACCUCCUCUCGGCCCUCGGGAAGCGCCUGGGUCUCCAGGUCUUUGCAGAGGACAGCCAAUUCGGUCUGCUGCGCACCUCCCUCACUCUGGCUGGAUCCCGGUUUGUCGUCGACGUCGACCUCGAGGCGGACGCAGGCGACGACGCAGAUGACGCCACAGAACCCCCGACAGCGGCGGCUACGCCCAUCGCUCCCAAUGGCCAGGUGGCAGCCCAGGCAGCGGCUCUGUCCAGCCUCGGCGUGGGCCUCACCGCGGCCAAGGCGCUCAACGAGAGGGGUAAAGUGCGCCUGGCCAAGCUUACGGCCAACCACGUCACGCCCGCCGGCGAGGCCGGCAAGUCGGACUGGGUGGGGCGCGUGCUCCGCUCUGCGCUUGAGACACACCUCGAAGUCUGGAACCGGGCCAGCAAUGCCGAACGCUCGGUUCAGCUGGAACGCAGCUCACGCGCACUCGAGACGGUCCUGGCGGAACUCAAGGCGCUCGAUGAGCUCGCAGAGGCCGCGAGCGGGGACGACGCCGACCUCUUCGCCGACCUCGAGGGGCUGGCCGCGGGCGUCCAGCGCGUGUGUGCAGGCGAAGAGGACGGGUGGAGUGUAUACCCGGACCCGUCGGCGUGCAUGUUCCCCUCGUUCCGUCUGCUCGAUGCUGCCCCCAGUGUGCGUAACCCUGCGUUCCGCCUGCGUCCAGCUCGGAGAGACGAGCACGUCCCGCCGCCAAUGUACGCCGAGACCGACGACGCCGACGAGAAUGCCAUGGCGGUCGACGCUGUGGAUCCCGCGGCGGGCGCGGACAAGGAUGCCAUGCAGGUCGACAGCAACCCUGGCGGCGCCGACGCGAAUGGCACCACCACCGCGGCGGCGACCGUGUCCCCCAUGUGUCGUGGUCGCUGGGUGGUCGAGUAUGUCGACGACGCGCGCAGGCCGAGUGGCGGUGGCGGGCUCGUCGUGCGCCGUACGUGGCUCGUCCCAGGUCCCGAGGAGGGUGAGGCCAGCGCCUGGUCGCCCAGCAUCAAGGUCGAGGGCCUGUUGCACCAAAUCGCUCUCGAGACCGACGGCGCAGCACCCGUGCCGCCGCUCUUCCCGCUCGGCGCCGAGUUUGUGCACCCCGCCUCGGCCAGCGAGGCUGGAGACGUCGCUCAGCACUGGGUCCUCGGCGUGCCCGGCCCAGAAGGCUAUGUAGUUGGCCGCGUGGGCCUGCCCGCAUCGUGGUCUGAAAUGGGCCGUCUCGUGCAUGCGCUGCGUGCGCAGCUGGUCCUGGACGUGCUGUUCAUGGGUGCCUUUUCCCCACCUACAAUCGUCUCUGCGACCAACGACAACGACGACGACAUGGACGGCGCAAACGACGACUUGGCAGACUUGGACGCUGCACCGACAGCGAUCCCGCUCACAGCGACACUGUUCCAGCGUAGCCUGCGCGUCACGUUCCCGCUCAACGACACGGCAGCGACCGUGGACAUCAAGCCCAUAGAUGCGCAGCCGCAUGUCGCCAUUACUGUGACUGUUGGUGGUGGUGUCCGAGCGCAAGGUGGAGGCGAGGGCAUGGAUGGCGGCGGAUCCGGCGGACCCGGCGCUUUGGACGACGCCACCGCGGCCGAAGCGUGCUCCACCGCUGGAGUGGACGCCGUCGAGAUUGUGCGCCGUGUAUAUGCCGCACUGCGCAAGAUGUAG